AUGCCUGUUCUACCAGAGGUCCUCAGUGCUCCAGAGAGCAGAUUCCACGACCAUGCGGAAUCUGCAGCUGUCGUUGUGAGGGAUGGACUUGCUGAGGCUGUACAAGGACUAUCGAAGAGGCUCAACAUACCCUCAUCUUCUACAAGCCCAGCAGGUCUAGUAGAAGCGAAUACAAGAGAUCCCUGGAGUAAAAGUGGUAAAUAUGCCCUAGGAUGGGUAUACUUCUGCCUCAUACUCCUGGUCUCCAGCGCGCUCGUGCGAUUCUACAAUCUGUUCACAGAUAGGAUACGAGCGGUUCUAUACGAAGCAGAGGUGAUUCACUCCGCAAAAACCAUGUCUCCUGAUACCGACUACGAAAUGUCCGCUCUCGACACGGACAGGUCAACGAGAAAGUUCUUCCCUAGGGAGGGCCCAUUGCCAUCUGGUCCGAAGACUCAGUCUUCCAUUUCUUCUGUUCGACCUAUCCUUCUGAUUAUUGCACUUUUUCGAUGGGUCUUCUACCGUCCGACUCCAGUCCUGACGAUCAAGAAAGGCUGGAGACCCUUUGUUCUACCCUCUAUGGCGACUGUAGCUAUUGUUGGUGCGGCAUUUGCGUUCACAAUCUGCUAUAUAUUCGUUCCUCAGCCAUUAUACUGGCAAAGUCUGGAAUUUGGUGCUCCUCCAGUCACUGUACGAUCCGGUAUGCUUGCUGUGGCUCUGAUGCCAUGGAUCGUUGGCUUGAGUAUGAAAGCGAACAUCAUCUCAGUUCUUACUGGGAUCGGACAUGAGAGGCUGAACGUCUAUCAUCGUUGGGGCGGAAUACUAUGUUUGUUCCUUAGCUUGGUGCACACAGUUCCUUUCUAUCUUGCUGGAAUGCAAGACAGGCAAUCGGAGGCAACCUACAAGGCUAUGCUCAACCCAAGGGCUGACUUUUACAUCUAUGGAAGUGGAAUAGCUGCCCUAGUACCCCUUGGAAUACUUUGCAUUCAUUCAUUGCCACAUAUACGAGCACGCAUGUACGAAGUCUUUGUCAUAACGCAUGUGCCAAUCUCCAUGGUGUUCCUUGGCAUGCUCUUUUGGCACUGCAACAACUACCUUACUUCUUGGAACUAUCUUUUUGCAACUCUAGGUAUUUGGCUGUUCUCAUACAUGACGAGACUUUUAUAUCUCAAUUGGACGAAUCCAUUCCAUAUGGCCUGGUUGAUCGGUGAUGAAGCAGCUGUGACUAUUCUUCCAGAGAAUGCGAUCAAGGUCACUAUCCCAACGCGCAUGCGAUGGAGACCUGGGCAGUAUGUGUAUCUGCGCAUGCCCGGUGUCUCAGUCUUCGAGAACCACCCUUUUACGGUCGCCUCCCUAUGCAGCGACGAUUUCCCAUCUGACUACGGUGAGGACUACAGAGACAUGGUCCUUGUAUUUAGGCCAUUCAAGGGAUUUACGCAAAGGGUGCUUAUCAGUGCCCAAAAGCAUGGCCCGUGGCACACGUACCGUGCGUUUCUCGAUGGGCCUUACGGAGGUAUGAACAGAAGAAUGGAAUCCUUUGAUCACGUCGUCCUCAUAGCUGGUGGUAGCGGUAUCACUGCAGUCGCAUCCCAACUUCUCAAUCUGAUCAAGCGCAUGCGCGACGGCAAAGCCGUCACCAAAUCUAUACAGGUAAUCUGGGCCCUUAAGCGCCCUGAAACUAUGGAAUGGUUCAAAGAAGAACUGCACAUAUGUCGCGAAUUCGCACCGCCGGGUUCAGUCCAAUGCCAAUUCUUCAUCACUACCGCAAAGCGUCAGCCCAAGACCGGCAUGCUCGUAUCUGCCCAAACACCCAACCGCCCGGUCUCUAUGCACUUCCACGACAAAGUUAACCACGCAUUUACCAGCAUUGCAGACAAGCGUGCGUCUGUUAUCUCUUCGAAACGCGUCUCUAUGCACUCCGCUCUCAUUGCAGACGAAGCAGGGUCCGACGCGGAACGUGAGCAGGAGCUGCGCCGCGAACGUGAAGACACUAUCACUGCCCUUCCGCAAGCCCAUCUUCUACAUGUAAAUCGCUCAAACUCAGGCACUCACCUUCAAGCUCCCAUUGCCGUACGCUCCAUCGCCGAAAAGCGACGCUCGCGCAAUCUCUCUCUGGAUAUUGCCCAAGCCGUCUCCGCUGGUUCCGAGGUCCUCGACCCGGCCGCCUCCCAGUCCCCGCAUCACUUCGAUUUUGGAUUUCCAAACACGCCCACCGAAUUCCAGAAGAACUUAAUGCGAUUCGCGUUUCUGCCUGCAGCCGUUAAGAAGAAAGAUGGGUGGAGCAAAGAGUACGGACGGCCAGAUAUCCCAUUCAUGCUAAGGGGCUUUAGCAAGAGCUUCGGACGGCGCACGUGCGUGUUUGUGUGUGGGCCACCGGGCAUGCGGACUGACGUACAGAGAACAGUGGCUGAUCUACAGCGUGAUGUGCUUGGGGAUGCAGACAAAGACGAGAUAUUCCUGCAUGCGGAGAAUUAUGCUAUAUGA